AUGUCAGCACAUACUUCUCAUUUAUCAGGUAAAGAUAUUGACGGUAGUCAGAUAUUUCCUGUUGAAAAGGAAAUGCCGAAACAAGCCUUUAUGAAUAACACUGCAAACAACACCCGACGAAUCAAAAUGAGGGACAAUCGACAAGGAAUAGCAAACGCUAACAACUCUUCGAAAACCCAGUCAAUGUACUCGAUCACAGAGAACAGUAGUCGAACUCCAAACGCUUUGAAAUUUUUCAGUCGUGGUAUGAUAAAUGAAGUAAAGUGCAAAUCUAUACCCACCCUCGGUUCAGACAUUUCCACACCAUCGAACACCUUUAUUUUAUCUUCAAUAGCUAAGAACUGCGCUGAGCUGUACAAAUCUGGUCAAAGGGUCAGCGGUGUUUACACAAUCGACCCGGAUGGUUCAGGCGCCUUUAAUGUAUACUGUGACCAAACUACAACCGGUGGGGGAUGGACGGUGAUCCAGAAGAGAAUGGAUGGCUCAGUCGAUUUUAACCGCACCUGGGAUGACUACAAGCAUGGCUUCGGUAACUUGGUCGGUGAAUUUUGGCUCGGACUAGACAAGAUAAAUCGCCUGACACGAAACAAGACAAAGAACAAGCUUCGAGUAGAUCUAGGAGUAAAAACUGGCAAAACUGUGCACUCUGAGUAUGGCUGGUUUGGAAUUGGGACCGAGACAGCUAAGUACUCGCUAAACCUUGGCAAAACCAUAGAUGCCACUGUUUCCAAUGAUUCCCUCGGUCCUCAUAAAGGUUUCGGUUUUGGUACCUGGGAUAAGGUUCAUGCUGGCUGUACUCAAAAAAUAGGAGGAGGCUGGUGGUAUGACAGCAGUAUUACUGAAUGUGAGGUUUCGUCAAAUCUCAAUGGUAUUUAUCGACGUUGUGGAAAAGGAACCUUGGCCGCUAUCCACUGGGGAUACCUAGAUGGAAGUGCCGAGAAUAGCGCUCCAGCAUCAACUGAAAUGAAAAUAAGACCAGUGGAAUUUAUGCGCGUGGCUUGA